AUAAAAAACACAUUUUUGUUAUUUUCAGACAAACAGUUGCGUUGCAGGGAAAGUAAAGAGGUGCAGACGGUCUUCCUUCCCCUUGGAAACAUCAGUUCAAACUACAGCCUGCUUAUAACUGUGACUGUGGCAAAUGGCAGCGAAUCACUAAACACCACCUUCACAGUCCAGCUCAGAGAGGAGAUGGUGGACACAAUGGUCAACAUUAUCAAUGAAGCUCCUCCCAGCACUCCAAAAGAUGCUCAGGCUUUAGCUGAAGGACUGACCGCUUUAGCCUGGGAGAGAGCUGAACUCCGUGUGUCUGCUCAGAUAUCUGCUUCCUCACUGUUCGAGACCCUCAGCUUAUCUCUCAUGAACAUGAAUGUGAGCAGAACAGAGGACGGCAGAAACCAAGUGCUCGCAGCUGCCAGCACCAUUGUGGUGGGAAUAGACACCAUGCUGAACUAUUCUUUCAUGAAAAACGUUUCUGAUGCUCUUCUCAGUGCUUUAAGUAACAUCCAGAGUGCACUGCUGAAACUGAAGGAACCCAACGAGGGACCGACUCUGCUCAAAACAGUCCUCAUCAGAGUGCUGGUUAACAGGCCGUGUAGCCCCAGGUUUGAAGAAUAUUUCACUUUUUUUGUGAGAUGUUUAAAAAAUAAUUCUACUGUACUCUCUCUUUUCCGCAGAGUGACACCAGACAGCUUACUGGCUCAAAAUCUGAGUUUUGUCGAAAGCUCCCUGCCAAACUUUACUCUCCCAAAACUACCCACUAACCUGUUACCUUCAGAUGGACCAGUGGACAUAAGGAUGCUAAGUCUGGCUAAAAACCCAUUUUCUUGGAAUGAGAAGGGGAACAUCAGUGGCCUAAUAGGCUCUCUGUCCCUCUCGACUAAAGAUGGGUCUGGUAUCCCUGUGGAGAACUUAAGUGAGGACAUUGAGGUUGGUGUUAAGACAACAUCCAUGGUCACCCAGUGUCUCUGCAACCACCUCACUUUUUUUGGGAGCUCUUUCUUCGUCACUCCCAAUCUGGUGGACCCGUCGCAGACGGCUCAGCUCUUUGCAACGUUUACUGAGAAUCCAGUGGUCGUGUGCUUUGUGGGAGCUCUCUUUGUGACUUACCUGCUGGUGGUUGUGUGGGCGCGACGAAAAGACAUUCAAGACACAGCCAAGGUGAAGGUGACAGUUCUGCAUGACAACAACCCUAAGGAUGAGUACCGUUACCUUCUGUGUGUUCGCACAGGCCAUCGGAUCGGAGCCUCUACCUCCUCUCAGGUGAUAGUUACGCUUCUGGGUGUGGAGGGAAACAGCGAGCCGCACCACCUGACAGACCAGAGGAAACCUCUGUUCGAGCGAGGCGCCGUGGACAUGUUUCUGAUAACCACACCCUCUUUCCUGGGGGAGCUGCAGGGCAUCCGACUGUGGCACGACAACUCGGGGAGCCAUCCUGCUUGGUACGUGGCCAAUAUCAUGGUACAGGAUCUGCAGACUGAACAGAAAUGGAAUUUCUUGUGCAAUUCUUGGCUGGCAUUAGAUGUGGGUGAUUGCUGCAUCGAUAGAAUCUUUUUUGUUUCAACAGAAGAGGAGCUGAAGAGGUUUAGUAAUCUCUUCUUCAUGAAGACAACAAGGGAUUUCUGUGACGGACACCUCUGGUACUCUGUGGUCAGCCGACCAGCCGGCAGCAACUUCACCUGCGUGCAGAGAGUAUCCUGCUGCUUUUCCCUGCUGCUGUGCACCAUGCUGACCAGCAUCAUGUUCUACGGGAUCCCAACAGACCCGUCUGAGCAGGUCAUGGACCUGGGUCAUUUCGAGUUUACUUGGCAGCAAUUUAUGAUCGGAGUUCAGAGUUCCCUCAUCAUGUUCCCAAUAAACGUGCUCAUAGUUAGUAUCUUCAGAAACACUCGUCCACGAGAGAGUUCUUGUUGUGGGGGCAGAAAAAAGAAACCUAAAUCCAUUCCGAAGGAUGGCACUUUGGAGACAGUUUCCUCACAGGUGGACACAAAAGCUUCUUUGGACAUCAUCACUAAGGCAGAGAGCAGUGCUCAUUUGAAUCCUCCAUCAGUGGUGGAAGCAACUAAGAAGAAGAGCAACAAGAUGCAGCAUUUGUACAGGAAACUGUGUGACAUUGACAAAGAGCUUAGUUUGUUGGAUCCUUCCAGCUUCCAAAAGCCCAACAGUUACAGCCAGGCCUUGCAGCAAGUCCAAAGCAUGAAGGGUCUCAUUGAAGUUCAGCUGUUCCCACCAAGCCAUGCCAAAGAGGAUGAGCCAACCCAUAACAAGUUUCGCCCAGCAGAUGGCGCUGCAAUGAAUGGCGGAGGGAAAAAAAGUUUGUGCUGUCGUGGAAUGCUCCCCUGGUGGUUCGUCUUUGUCGGCUGGUUGCUGGUGAUAGCGACCAGUGUUGUGUCAGGAUAUUUUACAAUGCUGUACGGACUAAAAUUUGGGAAACAACGCUCCAUAAGCUGGUUGGUAUCGAUGAUUAUCUCCUUCUUCCAGAGUCUUCUUUUCAUUCAGCCUCUGAAGGUGAUAUGUCUCGCAGUCUUCUUUUCGUUGAUAAUAAGGAAAGUAGAGGAGGAAGACCUACAUAAUGUUGAAUUUGUUGAAGAAAUUCAAGGUGAGAAGAAGGAUCACGAUGCAAGCGGAUGGAAAAGCCUUCUCUAUGAACCCCCUCCUCCUGCGGCCAUUGAGAGGAUGAAGAGGAACAAGAUAAUGCAGCAGAAGGCUAACGCUCUGCUCAAAGAGAUACUGAUUUAUAUAGGCUUCUUGUGGAUGUUGCUGUUGGUGGCAUAUGGCCAGAGAGAUCCCAACGCCUUUUACCUGAACCAACACAUCAGGAAUAGCUUCACUGGGGAGGCCUCGGACAGCAUGAGUCUGCAGGAUGUGUUCACGUGGGCCAACACCACCCUGCUCAAAAACCUCUUUGGAGAGUAUCCAGGUUUUAUCACAGAUGGAAACUCCAAACUGGUGGGCGAUGCCAGAGUUCGUCAGGUGCGAGUGAAGGAGGACUCGUGUCAGAUUGCUGGGCUCAUGCUUCCGUUGGUGCCAGAAUGCAAUGCUCCGUACUCAUGGGACCUGGAGGAAAUGGGCUCCUACGAAACUGGCUGGAAUCGCACUGGCCGAGAAAAUUUUUCUGCAAGCACUCCAAGUCCCUGGAAGUACCAGACGCAGACUCAACUCAGGGGAAGACCAUUCUGGGGCAAAACAGCGCUCUACAGGGGAGGAGGCUUUGUGGUGGAGCUUGGCCCUGAUUUAUCAAAUGCAAGCAGCACACUUGAAUAUCUUUUUGAGAAUAAAUGGCUGGAUUUGUACACAAGAGCCAUCUUUGUUGAGUUCACUGUUUAUAAUGCAAAUGUGAACCUCUUCUGCAUCAUCACUCUGUUGAUGGAGACCACAGCAGUAGGAGUGUUUCAGUUCUACAGUGAGCUGCAAAGCAUCCGCCUUUACCAGUCGACCGGCGGUCUCUACGUCUUUGUCAUGGCUGCUGAGAUCAUUUAUUUACUUUUCAUCCUUUAUUACAUGUUCUUGCAGGCCAAAUUAAUGAGGCUGCAGCGGUGGGAUUAUUUUAAAAAUAAGUUUUAUCUUCUGGAGCUUAGUAUUAUUCUUCUCAGCAUGAGUGCUGUGGCCAUUUUCAUCAGGAGGACACUUCUUGGAAACCGAGAUGUGGCUUUUUACCAAACCCACAGAGACCAAUUUGCCAGUUUCUAUGACACGGCCACAGCCGACCUGCAGCUGCAGUAUCUCAUCGCGUUCCUGGUCCUCCUUGCCACGGUCAAAUGUUGGCACCUGCUCAGACUGAACCCCAAGAUGAACCUGAUCACAGCCGCCCUGCAGCGAGCCUGGAACGACAUCUCCGGUUUUCUUCUCAUUUUUGGGGUCUUGUUUGUGGCGUACUCCAUCACGAGCAACUUGAUUUACGGCUGGAAGCUUUCAUCCUAUAAGACCUUCACAGACUCUCUUCUGACCGUCAUCAGUUUGCAGGCAGGCAUCUUCAACUAUGAUGAGGUUUUGAAUGAUGACCCGGUGCUUGGUGGAUUACUCGUCGGUUCCUGCAUCGUCUUCAUGACAUUUGUGUUGCUUAACCUUCUCAUCUCCUUGGUUCUUGUGGCGCUGAAAACGGAGCAGUUAAACCACAAGCCCUCAGAAGAAGAAGAGGUUGUUGACCUCCUGCUGAGCAACAUCUUCAGUCUCUUUGGCAUCAGAUAUAAAGACACGGCGACUGACAGCAGCUGCUUGCCCCUUAAUAACACUACAGAUAGCUCCAAGUCCCAUUAACUGAACUUUUGUCAGAACUCUGACAGAAACAUCAAGAGAUAGAGCUCUGGCAUGUACUUCUUCAAAUUUCUAUGCAGUUAUAUAGCAUCUUUGUGCUCAUUUAUUUAGACAACGUGUGAGGAUCUGUCUUUGUUUAGGUUAUUUUGCCUCUAUGUAUUCAAUACAUCAAUACAUGUAUUUGCAUCACGAUGUUUAUUGUUCACACUUGCUCUGAGUGAACCAUCACACCUGAUGCUUGGAUGAACAGCUUAUUGUCAGUCAGGCUUUAUUCACACUGCAAGCUGAAAUGAACACAAUUGUAUUUUUUUCACCUUCUUGUUCAUAUCUAAAUCCUACACAAACUUAAAUUUUUCUCCUUCAAAUCCAGCCAGAACCAUACAAAAACUGCGAGGCUAAAUUGGUCAUGUUUCUUAUCUUUUGCAACAUGAUCUAAAGUCCGCUGAUGCGAUAGUCCUCAGUUUUUUGCCAGUGCUCGCCGGUUACCAUUAGUUGUUGUGGUAAGUUUACUGAUUUGCUGGACGCAACAAACUAAAUCUGUAAUUCUGCUAGUACAACACAUUUUCUCUGCCAGCAGGCGAUGAGAAAGUCAGUGGAAAAAAUACCCUAGUUUUUGUUCCCUCUCCAUUCUUUUGGUUUCUUAUUCAGUUGAUAUUAGCUCUGCUUUUUUCUGACGACUACCUUCAGCUCUUUUUUUGUUUUUUUGUUUUAUUAGCCACUCAUGUAUGUAGAAUAAAAAUACUAAUUUGACUGGCGUGCCUUGACAAAACUCAUUGAACUGUCUGUAAAUUAAUAUAAAGCAUAUUCUUUAUAAAUAUUGGGUUUGAAAGUCACCAAGGUGAUGUAUCUAAGAUCUGUUGCAUGUUAUUCCUUCAUGUCUACUGUGACUGUUCUUUUUCUUUUACUCAGAGACAAAGUAGUGAAUGGCAAUACAAAAGGAAGUUCUCUACAUUGUUACUGAUUUAGAUGUUCCACUUUAAUUAGAAAACACAUAUACAGCUCUGAUGGUACUUUUUGCUUCCUUUCUCAAAAUCACCAAGUUCUCUCUAAAAUGCAUCAAAGUACAUUUGAAUAAACUUUAAAAAGUGG